AUGGUGCUGCUGGGGGUGGUGAUACUGGGGAUGCAAGCUGGAGGUGCUGGAGGUACUGGAGCUGGAGAUGCUGGAGGUACUGGAGCUGCUGGUGCUGGAGCAACUAGAGUUGGAGGUGCUGGAGGUGCUAGAGCUGCUGGUGCUGGAGAUGCUGGAGCUGCUAGUGCUGGAGGUGCUGGAGCUGCUAGUGUAGGAGGUGCUGGAGCUGCUGGUGCUAGAGGUGCUGGAGCUGCUGGUGCUGGAGGUGCUAGAGCUACUGGUACUGGAGGUGCUGGAGCUGCUGGUACUGGAAGUGUUGGAAGUGCUAGAGCUGCUGGUGCUGGAGGUGCUAGAGCUGCUGGUGCUGGAGGUGCUAGUGCUGGAGGUGCAGGAGCUGCUAUGCUGGAGGUGCUAGGACUAGAGGUGCUGGAGGUGCUGGAGGUGCUGGUGCUGGAGGUGCUAGAGCUGUUGGUGCUGGAGGUGCUAGUGCUAAAGGUACUAGAGCUGCUGGUGCUGGAGGUAUUGGAGCUGCUGGUGCUGGAGGUACUAGAGCUGGAGGUGUUGGAGGUACUGGAGCUGCUGGUGCUAGAGGUGCUAGAGCUGCUGAAACUGGAUGUGAAGGAGCUGCUGGUGCUGGAGGUGCUAGCGCUGGAGGUGCUGGAGGUACUAGAGCUGCUGGUGCUGGAGGUACUAGAGCUGCUAGUGCUGGAGGUGCUAGAGCUGGAGGUGCUGGAGGUAAUGGAGCUGCUGGUGCUGGAGGUGCGAGAGCUGCUGGUGCUGGAGGUGCUAGAGCUGGAGGUCAUGGAGGUACUGGAGCUGCCGGAGCUGGAGGUAUUGGAGCUGGAGGUACUGGAGGUGCUGGAGCUGGUGGUUCUUGAGGUUCUGGAGGUGCUGGAGGUGCUAGCGCUACUGGCGUGUCGUGAGCCUGAGUCUCGUCCUGCAUCCCUUGUUCGCACUGUCAGUCGUGCUUGUCGUUCUCGUCCUCCACCUAUCCCCGAUAUGCACACUAUGGCACUUCGUCCUUCCUCUGUUCCACAACGUGUUGCUCUACCGUCUCCUCCGGCAUCCUCUCUUCCUGACGUUCCUGACCCUGAGACCGACCUUGCUCGUGCUGCUAGUCCUAUUGUCACUCGUCCCCUCGCCACCGUUGUCACUGACCCUUCCUUUGAGUCUCUUGGUGCGUUUGCCCUAGUCACUGAGCUAGUCGACUUUGCAGCUAGCCGUUGUCUCGACUCCAUCACGAGUCUGGUUACUGAGUCUGAGUCUGUCUGUCUUCUGUCCGUCGGGGGUGAGCUUGCCCUUAGCAGUGACGUCCUUGAGGACAGACAGUUUGAGCUUGAAUUUCUCGCGGCCGCUCUACCUCAUUCCGCGUCCAUGCUGCUUUGCCCCGAGGGAGACCCGGAUGCACUUGGCAUCCCUAUCCCGCGCUCUUACGCUGAGGCGAUUGCGGAUGAGUACUCCUCUCAGUGGCAGAUAGCCAUGGACGCAGAGAUGGCUUCCUGGAAGUCCACAGGCACCUGUGUCGACGAGGUUCCCCCUCCUUGGGCGAACAUAGGCAAUGGCAUGUGGAUUUUCAGAGUGAAACGGCCGCCGAGUUCUCUGCCUGCCUUCAAGGCGCGUUACGUUGCUCGAGGCUUCAGUCAGCGACAGGGGGUCAACUUCUUCCUGAUCUUCUCCCCCACCCCAAAGAUGACUAUUCUUCGGGUGUUGCUGCACGUUGCAGCACAGCGUGAGUACGAGCUGCAUUCCCUCGAAUUCUCCACAACUUUAUUGCAAGGCAGCCUUCACGGGGAGAUCUGGCUGCGCCACCCACCUGGCUUCACUGGGUCGUUUCCUGAGGGUACCCAGCGGAGCCUUCGGCGGCCAGUCUACGGUCUCCGCUAG